AUGAUGAAUAAUGUCCGUCGACACCUGGCUACUCCAGUUGAUCCCUCACGUGAAAAGGAGUAUGCCUUUGAAAUGGCCGCGUCGAGUAUCCGAUUCGGGUCGGGCGCUACCAAGGAGGUUGGCAUGGAUUUCAAGAACAUGGGUGCCAAACGCGUGUGCAUUGUCACCGACUCGACUGUCUCUAAGCUUAGUGCUAUGAAGCAAGCUGUCGAGGGUCUCAGCCGCGAGGGUAUUGAGUUCACCAUUUUUGAUAAGGUUCGGGUAGAACCCAAGGACAGCUCUGUUAAAGAAGCUAUUGCUUUUGCCAAGCCGUACAAACCGGAUGCAUUUCUGGCUGUUGGCGGUGGCUCUGUCAUUGACACAGCCAAACUGAUGAAUCUAUACACCGUAUUUCCCGAGGCAGAUUUCCUAGACUUUGUCAAUGCCCCCCUAGGCAAAGGUUUGCCAGUAACCAAGCCCCUCCUGCCCCUCGUAGCCGUGCCCACAACAGCAGGCACAGGCUCCGAAACAACAGGAACAGCCAUCUUCGACCUCGUAUCAAAGAAAGCCAAGACAGGAAUCGCCCACCGAAACCUAAAGCCAACACUAGGCAUCUGCGACCCGCUGAACACGCGCACAAUGCCCUCAGCCGUCCACGCCUCAUCAGGCCUAGACGUACUUUGCCACUCCCUGGAAUCAUGGACAGCAAUUCCAUAUAACGAGCGCACACCGCGCCCAACAAACCCUAUCAAUCGGCCCGCCUACCAAGGCGCAAAUCCAAUCUCGGACAUCUUCUCCCUCCAGGCUCUGCGCAGCACAGUCAAGUAUCUCCCCCGCGCAGUCAGAGACCCAGAUGACCAUGAAGCGCAGUCGCAGAUGCUACUAGCUGCAACAUUGGCCGGAGUGGGAUUCGGCAAUGCAGGUGUUCACCUCUGCCACGGCAUGAGCUAUCCGAUCUCCAGCCAGAACCCAGGCUAUCAACACUCCGGGUACGAUGUCGACCAUCCGAUUAUCCCUCAUGGAGUCUCAGUUGCUGUCACCGCGCCUGCGGUUUUCCGCUUCACGGGUGCGUCAAACCCUGAUCGUCACUUAGCGGCUGCAGAGGCGUUUGGGGUGGAUACUUCCAAUGUGAAGCGUGAGAGCGCGGGUGAGGUGCUUGGUGGUGCGAUUGCGGAGUUCUUGUUGAAAUUGGGUGAUCAGCCGCGUGGUUUGAAGGAUUUGGGCUUCAAGGCUUCUGAUCUGGAUGGGUUAGUUGAGGGUACUCUUCCACAGAGACGCGUGCUGAUGCUGGCGCCUAACUUGAGUGAGGAGCUUCAGGCGGAAAAGGGAGAGUUGAAGCGCCUGCUUGAGGAAUCUUUGGACUUCUAA